AUGAAAAGGGAAGAGUGGGUGAUAUGCAGAAUUUUCCACAAGAUAGGUGACAAGAAAAGUCCAACAAUUCUUCAAGGCCUAAACUACUUCACCAACAACACUACAAGUUCAAAUUCACUCCCCCCAUUGCUUGAGCCACUUUUAGAAUCCCAAACCCAUCUUCAAGACUACAACAACAACCCACCAAUACUCCAAACCCUAAACCAAAACCCUAUCCUAUUCCACACCCAACAGCAAUACCAAUCCGACUUGAAAACCCUAAUCAACCCCCUACUCGUCUCGCAAUGCGACCCUUUCGAACCCAAUAAUAAUCUCGUUUUCGCAAACGAGGGCUCUAACAACAUAAUCCUCCCCAAGCCUUUACUCUCGACUACCCAAGACUUCACCUUUAAGGAGCUUAGCAAUGCCAUUUCCAAACAGUGCAAGAAAGAGGCCGAUAUCGAAAGUGGGGCCCACGGCCCGUUUCUAUUCGGGCCUGGCUUUGAUAAUGCUGUGGAUGAUCAUCAUCAUGUGAUGCUGACCGGGCCCGGUGGCUUCAAGUGGUGGUAG